GCGAUAACAAACGUUUCAUUUUCUGACCCCCGUCAAAUCCAAUCUUCUAUAAAUACCCACCGCCACCACCAGCCACCACCCCCACCGCAUAAACAAAAACGCCUCUCCCAAAAGCAGGAUUUUUUUUGUAUAUUUAAUUAAAAUAAAAGUGAAUAGCCAGAUUUAGAAAAAUCUUAUAAAUGUACCCUUAACCCUAAUUCUUGAUUAUCUUCUUCUUCUUUUUUUUUUUCUUUUUUGAAUUUUUUGAAUUUAUACAGUACAUUUGUCUUUUGAAUUGAUUCGACUUGUUUGCGGUAAUUAUGUCUGCAAUACUAUGCGGAAAGAGAUCGUUCUUCGAGGAGGCAGAAUCAGGAGCGCCGUCGCCGACGUCAGCAUCUCCGCCGGUUUACAAGAAGUUGCGGUGUUCUUCCUCAAAUUCGCCGGUCCGGUUUACAUACUCGCCCCCUGCGUAUUCCGGUCCAGUUGAUCAGCUCAAGGCGUUGUUUCCUGAUAUGGAAAUUCAGCUCCUCGAGAAAGCAUUAGAAGAUUCUGGCAAUGACUUAAAUUCUGCCAUUAAUAGCCUCAACGAGCUUCAACUUGGAUAUUUGAAGAGCAACUCAGGCUUAGCUGCUGAAGAAAAUCCAGAUAUGGAAAAAGAAACAGCACCGGGUUUUGUGGAUGCAGUUCCUUCGGAGGAGCCUCAAAUCCAAAACAAAAUGCCCACAAAUGGUGCAGAGUGGGUGGACUUAGUUGUCAAGGAGAUGAUGAGUGCCACUAGCAUAGAUGAUGCUAGAUCCCGUGCAGCACGCGUAUUAGAGAGUUUAGAGAAAUCCAUCACUUCUCAGGCUAGUGCCCGCCUGGCUGAAGGGUUUCACAAGGAACAUGCGAUGCUAAAGGAACAAAUCGAGGCACUUCUUGGAAACAAUGCCAUACUCAAACGGGCUGUGGCGAUUCAGCACGAACGUCAAAAGGAGUAUGAUGAGAGUAACCAAGAGGUGCAGCAGUUGAAGCAGUUGGUGGCUCAAUACCAGGAGCAAUUGCGAACCCUUGAGAUGAACAACUAUGCUUUGACGUUGCAUCUGCGCCAAGCGCAGCAAUCCAACUCCUCCGUCAUUGGACGUUUCAAUCCCGAUGUAUUCUAAUAAAAUAAAAAAUAAAAUAAAAGAUGGAAUGAUGCUUCUAGAAGAUUUUACAUAGGUUGUUGUCUGUUGAAGUGUCGGAUACCGAAGUAAUGUAUGGUUUAAAUUUCUCAUAUACUGAGGUUAUAUAUAUAAAGUCAUAUAUGUAAGUUGUGAGGCCAUUUUUCCUGGAACUGGGCCUAAUGUAAUUUUCACUAAAGAUUGUGUUGGUAAGUUGAGAUUUCAAUUAGUUGAUACUUUUAAUUUU